UUGGCCGCAGAUUUCAACUUUCCUGAUGUACUUAAAUUCUUCUUAGAUAAAGGUGCAAAUGUAGAAGUAAAGAGUGGAUGGGGAGAUACUCCUCUUCAUAAAGCUGCUGAACAAGAUAAUGUUGAAUGUGUCCAGCUUCUUCUUUCUUCAGGUGCAAACCCAAAUUCUAAAAAUCUUAAAAAUGAAACACCAUUAGAAAUUACUAAAAAUGCUCAGAUCCAAAGACUUCUUCUUCAAUUUGGAGCGAAGAAAUAA